UUACAAAGUUCGAAUGAAGUUUCUAAGUUAAAUGGUUCAUGCUGAAUUGCGCACAGAAAAAGCAGUCAGUGGAAGAAUAAUAAGAAGCCUAGGAAGAACAGUACAGUGCAUUUUCAUGCACUGUAAUAAAGCAUGUUAACCUAUUUCAUUUAAUUCACUGCUGUGCACCUUGUGUGAUAUCACUCAAGUCUUGCUUUAGUUAAUUAGCAAGUUACUACCAGAAGCCAAAAAUCUGACUCUCUCACUAGCUCAAAAAUGCCGUCAUGUAGGCUACUUUCUAAAUAUUCAACAUAAUCGGAAGCAGCUGCAAUUGUAACAGGACAUUUUGAAAGAGACCUGCUGCAUAUUCUUUGAUAAGCAGCGUCAUGAACCGCACUCAAAUACGGGCCAAGAUGGAUGAUCUGACCAAAGCUCUGUCUGUUAGUUUUACUGUAUCCCAAGACCACAACAAUAUAUCAGCACCCCAUCCACGGCUGUGUCAAUAUAAAAGUAAAUACAGUGUACUGGAGCAGGGAGAACGCCGACGGAGAUUCUUGGAUUUUCAGAAAACGAAAAGGCUGAACUAUGUCAACCAUGCCCGACAUUUGGCAGAUGGGGACUGGACUGGAGCAGACAGUGAAGAGGAGGAGACUGCAGAGAUGGACAUGAAACCACAGGGGUCUCAGGAGGAUGCCGAAGAUCAGAACAUGGAGAUCCAGAGGAUAAAAAAGUUGCCCAAGCAUUACGCUAACCAGCUGAUGUUAUCAGAAUGGUUAGUAGAAGUGCCUGCAGAACUGGACUCAGACUGGUUGUUGGUGGUCUGUCCAGUCGGAAAGCGAUCUCUUGUCAUUGCCUCCAAGGGAUCGACAGCUGCUUAUACAAAGAGUGGCUACUGUGUCAACCGCUUCGCCUCUGUACUUCCAGGUGGAAACAAACAUAAUUCAGCAGUAGGAAAAGAUUAUACCAUCCUUGACUGCAUUUUCAGUGAAGUUGACAGGACCUACUACAUCCUGGAUGUAAUGUGUUGGAGAGGUCACCCAGUGUAUGACUGUUCAUUUCGAUUUGUGAACCUUCAGAGCACUGCGUGCACAAAAGAAUCCAUUGAGCAAGCACUUGUCAAAAAGUACACCUUCAAUGUAGAUGGCUUCCUCUUCUACCACCGGCACACUCAUUAUACUCCUGGCAGCACCCCUUUAGUGGGUUGGUUAAGACCCUACAUGAUAGGUGAUAUUAUUGGCAUGGAGGUACCUCAGUGUCCCCUGACAUGUAAGCCAGAGUAUGCACAGCACCAGCUUCAGCAAAUACUUAAGCAGAAGACAAUAUACAGUGAUGUCCAUCCAGCUGAGCAGAAUGGCCGGUAUGAGCUAGAACAUCUCUCUACACCUGAUGUUAAAGAAACACACUCCCUCCAAAACGAGAGAAGCACACAUGGGCAUCUGAACACAAACAGAACUCCUGCAGAUUAGAACCAUUAAGCACUGCAUGGUAAGGUAAAGAGAAGGUUCAGAAAUGUGGAUGGUGCUUAGCAAAUUAAGGCUUGCCUCAGAGUAGAGGUUUGUAGAGGUGACUUCAGCGGGAUAUUUAUCCUCACAAAUGACCCAUGGUAAUGAUAUAAUUGUGUUGUUAGCCAACAUUUUAGUCUUCAUACUUUCAUUAUAGGGACCACUGUUUUAUCUGAAUGUGAAGUUUUAACUGGGCACCAUUUUUUUUUUUUUUUAAAUAUUGGUUCCUUACAUUUUAAUCUUUCAUUUCAUGUUGUGCUAAGGUUUAAUGUGUUUGCAUCCAACUGAUACUCACCAGUAUAGGCUGGAAAUGUGAAUUGAUUUUAAUAUUCUAAUUCAUGUGUGUUGUGUUCAUAUGGAAAUAAAAUGUCAGUAACCAGACAAAUGUACAUGGAA